CUUUUGCUAGUGUCAUAUUCUGUGAACAAUGAAAUUCGUGCGGGUUGCUGUUGACAAUUUUUAGUAAGGUUUUGCAUCCUUUAUAUACUGGUUAUUCCGCGCUGAACGUGCUUGCGUAUGAAUUCGCCAAGGAAAUGGGGUGUCAUAAUCAUUUCCUUACAAGACUUAAUGUAUUCCAGAAUGGGUCCUUGCUCGAAUGAUAUUGCCCUGAGGGUUGUAGGAGGGUGCUAGCAGCUUUCUAGAUAUCGAAUUGUCAUUCCAUACGGACAUAAUGCGGAAAUCUCACGACACGGACAGUCAUUCCACCUGCUCUGCCGCCAACCCGCGGAAGCGGGGUCUGGCCAGAUUCUCGCUGAGAAGACUGCUUUACUCCAGCCCGUUGAUCGCUCGGAGAAUAACCAGGGCUCCCUCCAACACCUCAAGGGCCUCCAAACUUGGCGGUCAAGAAGCUCGUAGCGGACCGUCUAGAGAUUUAGAAAAAGGUGAAGCUGUGCGAGUAGGUGCUGUAGCUGCAGUUGCGUCUCCAAGCAAUGAUCUAAAGAGAACUACUAGUAAGGCAUCUGUACUCACCACAGGUGCAGGCAAGAGUUCAGAUACUGGUAUCUCAGAAUGUCCACUAUGUUUGACUGAACUACCCAACGAAUAUUUCCCAGAGCUUUCUACAUGCCACCAUCGUUCCUGUUAUGAUUGCUUCCAAACAUAUCUUCGAAUAGAAAUUUCAGAGUCUCGGGUUGGAAUCUCUUGCCCAGAAUGUUCGGAGGCCAUUCAUCCUAAUGAUAUCCGAAUGAUUUUAAAUGAUAAGUCUCAAUAUGAAAAAUAUGAAGAUUUUAUGGUGCGAAGGGUUUUGGCUGUCGAUCCUGAUACACGCUGGUGCCCUGCUCCAGACUGUAGUUAUGCUGUGAUAGCAGCUGGUUGUGCUAGCUGCCCAAAAAUAAAAUGUGAGAGGCCAGGAUGUGAUUCUUUCUUCUGCUAUCAUUGCAAAGCAGAGUGGCACCCAAACCAGACAUGUGACACUGCUCGGGCCCAGAGAUCGCCGAAUGUUCGAUCAUCGUCUGUGAGCUUUAGUCAGGAUUCACAGCAUAGAGAUGACAUUAAGCCAUGUCCCCGCUGUCAAGUGUUGAUAGUGAAAAUGGAUGACGGGUCUUGCAAUCAUAUGACCUGUGCUGUGUGUGGGGCUGAGUUUUGUUGGUUGUGUAUGAAGGAGAUCAGUGAUCUCCACUACCUAAGUCCAUCUGGCUGUACCUUCUGGGGGAAAAAACCUUGGUCGAGAAAAAAGAAAAUUCUUUGGCAAUUGGGCACUUUAGUUGGAGCUCCUGUUGGAAUCGGACUUGUUGCAGGUAUAGCUGUCCCAGCAAUGAUCAUAGGUAUUCCUGUAUGGGUCGGAAGGAAGUUAUAUGCUCGAUAUGAGCAUACCAACAAGCAUAAACGUAACAUGGCAAUUGCUGGUGGUGUUACAGCUUCGGUAUUGGUAUCCCCUGUGUUGGCUGGAUUGGCAGUAGGAAUUGGAGUACCAAUACUUCUAUUCUACGUAUAUGGUGUUGUCCCUGUAUCACUAUGUAGGUCUGGUGGAUGUGGUGUUUCUACAACGGGUACAGGUGUACGCUUUGACUUUGAUGAUGAAAACGAGCUCAUGGGAGUUUUGGGCACAAGGAAUACUGAUGCAGUGUCCAUGGAUGCAGUGAGCCACCGUGGUGCCAACCCUUCCAUUGGAGAGGUAUCCCUGUCUCUUGGUAGUGGUAGCCAACUUGAAAGACUAGGUCGAGAGAAUGACCGUGAAUCUGCCAGCAAUGUGGCCUUAGCAGGAGCUAGCUUGGCUGGUAGUAUUGCAUCCAGUGUUCUGCCUGGUGGUCAGAGGCUUGAGGUGCAAGCAGAUGUGGCUUCCACCCAGAGAUUCAGUAUGAGUAGUGAAACUGCAUCAGCGGCCACCAGUUUAUCAGAAAAGUCUGUGUCAGCAUCCAUUGCGGAUGAUGGUGGAGCUUCUACCAGAGCCCUUGCUGGUUCAGUUCUCAAUUUUAAAAUGGAUUCCAGUUCUUUGUCAGGAUAUCGAGGAACAAUUGUUGAUGCAUGCACUCCGGUAGAAGUGCACACUGAUUCAGCAAGUCAACGAAGUGACGAUGCUGCAGGUCCUGCGUCAUUGAGCUCCCUGGAAGAACUUGCAGCUGGACCAACAAGACGCACACGGCGAAGAACUCCUCUAGAUCGACAGGGUAGUGAAAGUAGUAGCUGGACUACUGGAGGAGAAGAUGGAGUUUCAGAAAGAGUGCGUUUUGAUGAUCAUGUUAGCUUUAUUGCACCACCACAAGCAUUUGAAGAUGAUGAGAUACCCGAAAUUGAAAUUGAUAUAAUUGGUGGUCGCAAAGCCUGGAAUGGUGAUGGGCGGUUGCGACAUGAUCUCCCCAGUGAUGACGUGCAAAGUAUGGACUCGUUGGGUAAAAUGUGUUCUGUUUUGUUUGACAAAAGAAAUGCCAAUGAAACAAACAAUAAUAAAAACACUGAAGAGUGUGGUAAAGGAGACGAUGAUGAUGAUGAUUCUGCUGUUAUAAUGUUCAGCAAUACAAAGUCAGAUGUAAUUCUGGAAAAUGCAGGAAAAGACAAGCAAAUGGGUACAUCUGUAAAUGGAAAUAAGCCAUCUUCUGGAGGUUCGUUGCGAAGUCUUAUUUUUCAUCCUCUGUCAUCUGAAAAUAAAAGACUUCCGAAAUUGCGGAAGUCUACUGCAGGAGAUACUUCAACUACUUCCCUUGACAAUGAACAAACUCAACAGCAGCCUUCUUGUUCAAGGCAAGCACCAUCCCUGCCUGUUAUUCCAGAGCCAUAUUCUGAUCAAAUGUCACAAGUAAAUCAGACUGUUGAAAUCAAUAUGUAUAAUGAAUCUACUUAAUAAAACAAAACUGUGUAAUAUAGGUGAAUAAGACUGAAAAGUUAAAUGUUCUGCCUAACUUUGCCAAAACCAAGUAAAUUAUAUGGUUUUAGUUAUACCAUUCCCAUUCUUUAUUAAUUACAUUUUUGUAAGUUUUUCCUAUAUGUACAUAUUAUUUGUAUAAUUUGUGUUCUUUGUAGGGAAUGACAAGUUGAUCCUUAUUCAUUUUUGUCUUCAAGAACACAGCCUAAAAAAUAUAUGAAUGUGCUAAUCUCUAAAGAGUUUGUACACAUUUAAAUUUACGUACAGUUUCAUUUUUCACCCCAAACUUUGAAAAUUAAGCAAAUAGUGUGAUUGUUCGGUAAUAGCUUUCCUAUUUGCAUCUCAAACUCUUCCCAAGAUGGUGUCAAAAUACAUAUUUAAUGUGGACUGAGCAUUAAGAAAAUAGUGUUUAAUUUGCACAAUCACAAGCAUUCCUGUCAUUUGUGGUAAAAGACACCUAUGAUUCAGAAAAUCCAUUAUUUUGUGUGUGUUCUGCCUAUAUUUGUUGGGUUGCUUUAAAUGAAGAUUUGCAAGUUAACACUCAGACUGAUUUUUCAUUUCAUGUAGAAUUAUUAUUAUUUUACUUUUACAUAAUCAUGAAGUUAAACAAAUUUAUUUUUUGCAUAUCUUGGAAAAAGCUGUUUUGAAAUGCCUCCAAUUUCAUUUUCCAAAAUUAUAUUUACAUUUAUUUUUAUUAUUUACUUCUAAUGUAAGUAGAUAUUGCCUAUCUACUUUUCUACCAAGAUUUCUUGCCUUUAUUGCGCAGAUUGUCAGCAUUGGAUUUCUGUGUCAACAUUGCUUUUGAAGUAUAGAUUUUGUUGUGAAAAUAUCAGUUCACUAUAAGAAUAGUUCUUUUAUAUGAAUUUAAUUAAACACAUGUUUUAUGCUUUCCAUAUUAUUAAUAAAAGGCUUGGUUCAAAUUUGCAAGUGUUUCUUUUAUUUCA